UAUGGUUCCGGUUACGUGUGGAUCGAUCACCAAGGCCUCUUCGAUACUCAACCAACUUGACAACAACGAAAUGCGGUCGACAGGAGCCCUUACACUACUUAUUGGAGCUAUUUCGAUAUACUCUGUUUCUGCAAAAUACGUACAGAAUCCUUUCAUGGACAAUAUCGGGCCGGUGAUGCCUCCAGCGGCGUCGGAUCCGUCCGCCUCAACCCCGCCAGAAGGCGGUUCCGUCAUCCUCUGCGACGUGCUUGGUCGCGAUCGGUCUAUCAAUAUUUUCGCUGGAUUCACACGGGAUAUUGAGGCUAUCAGUAAGCGUCUGUCCGACGGACAACAGAAUACGACAGUUCUGGCACCUUUGAAUAGCGCUAUCACCGGGCUUCCGCGAAAGCCAUGGGAGUCAAACGAGGACUACAACAGAUUAGGCGCAGACGCAUAUGAGGGCAAGCCUGGGGAGGACAGGGCCCAUGCCAACCUUAGGCAAUUUGUCGAAGAGCAUAUUGUGCCUGAAAGCCCUUGGCCAGAGGGAGCCAAAAUGAAGACUCUUGGUGGCACAGAGGUGUGGUGGGAGACGAAGGAUGGCAAAAGGAUUGUUCAGCCAGGGAACAUCGAAGUUACAAGCGUUGCGAGCAAGGUGGCAAAUGGGCAAGUCUGGAUCUUGAAGGGCGCUCGAAACUACGCGUAAAGGCUCGCAAAGAAUGUGAUGAUGAAUUUUACGAUUAGCAAUAUGGGAUAUAUCUGGUUCUGGCGUUUGGGGGGAUAUUUAGCGGGCUAUGGGCGUGGGAAUAAUCGCGGCCAUAUCAAUUUGUACGAUACGAAUACUGACGUGACGUAACUGACUCAGCGGGGAGUGAAUGGCUGGAUGGCUGAAUGGCUGGGGAAGGGAAUGCAAGAUUUUAAAGGGCGACAAUAAGAUAGAAUUAUUGAACUAUAAUUGUUG